AUGUCGAACACUAAUCAAACUCGGCGACCUUCGUUUUCCUCGUCGACGAAAUCGUCAAUCGCAAAGCGUCACGCACCGUCUUCCUCGUCGGAAAACUCCGUGAAACCAAGCUCUAACAUUGCGGUUAUGGCGGAUCCGAGAUUAACGAAGAAACGAGCACCACUUGGUAACAUCACCAAUCUGAAGAACAAUUCUCGAAUCCCAAAUCCAUCUUCUGAUCUGGCACAUUGCACAAACAAGUCUGCGAAAUUGAAGUUAGCACAAACACAAGCUGCUUGCAUCAAUGGCGGAUUCUCGAGCAAUGCUUUACCUCUGCAGCAAAGUGUAAAGCCAAGCGUCAUAGCUCCUGCCAAAGUUACUUAUGAACACAAAGCGUCUUCUUCUCCUUCUCCUACGAAAUCUGAUGACGAAUCAGUAUCAAUGGACGAGACAAUGUCUUCAUCUGAUUCAUACAACAAGAGCCCUCAAGUUGAGUACAUUGACAACGAAGAAGUCUCUGCUGUGGUUUCAAUCGAGAGGAAAGCGUUGAGUAAUCUCUACAUCACGCCGAAUCCAGAGACAACAGGUAACUAUUGCAAAAGAGAUUUAUUGUCAGAGAUGAAAACGGAUAAGGAGAAGUUCGUCAACAUUGACAACAACGAUAAGGAUCCGCAGCUUUGUGCAACGUAUGCUUGUGACAUUUACAAACAUCUUCGUGCCGCUGAGGCGAAGAAGCGCCCUGCGGUUGACUUCAUGGAGAGAGUUCAGAAAGAUGUGAACUCGAGUAUGCGUGGAAUCUUAGUUGAUUGGCUUGUUGAGGUUUCUGAAGAGUAUAGGCUUAUACCGGAGACGUUGUUCUUGACAGUGAACUACAUUGACAGAUAUCUAUCUGGGAAUGUGCUUAGUAGGCAGAGACUUCAGUUGCUUGGGGUGGCUUGUAUGAUGAUAGCAGCUAAAUAUGAAGAGAUUUGUGCACCACAAGUUGAGGAGUUCUGCUACAUUACUGACAAUACAUAUCUCAAGGAUGAGGUUCUUGACAUGGAAUCUGCUGUUUUGAAUUACUUGAAGUUUGAAAUGUCAGCUCCAACAGCGAAAUGCUUUCUAAGACGCUUUGUUCGAGCUGCUCAUGAGGUUCAUGAGGCACCAUUGAUGCAGCUAGAAUGUAUGUCCAACUACAUUGCGGAGUUAUCUCUCUUGGAGUACACAAUGCUCUCUUAUGCACCUUCAUUAGUGGCUGCUUCCUCCAUUUUCUUGGCUAAGUACAUUCUUGAUCCAACAAGAAGACCAUGGAAUUCGACGUUGCAACACUAUACGCAGUAUAAAGCGAUGGAGUUGAGAGGAUGUGUUAAGGAGCUUCAAAGAUUGUGUAGUAACGCUCAUGUCUCUACUUUGCCUGCUGUGAGAGAGAAGUACAGUCAACACAAAUACAAGUUUGUGGCAAAGAAGUUUUGUCCAUCUAUAAUCCCACUAGAUUUCUUCAACAACAGCUAA